GCGGCCGGCGGCCGGGCAGGCGGGGAGGCGGCGGCCGGCGCGGCCCGGCCCAGCCCGCAGCUCCUGCGGCCGGGUGUGCCGGCGGCGGCGGCGGCGCUCUGAGCCGGCUCCCGACCGCCCUCCGCCGCUGCCAACUUUGUCGCUUGCUCUCGGUGUCUGUGCCCGGUCCGGCCAGCCCUCGCCCGCCGCCGCUUCCCCCGCCAUGGCCCUGGUGCGGGACGCCGAGCCGGCGGCGGGGCCCUCCCGCUGGCUGCCCACGCACGUCCAGGUGACGGUGCUGCGGGCCCGCGGGCUGCGGGGCAAGAGCUCGGGCGCGGGCAGUACCAGCGAUGCGUACACGGUGAUCCAGGUGGGCCGCGAGAAGUACAGCACCUCGGUGGUGGAGAAGACGCCGGGCUGCCCGGAGUGGCGCGAGGAGUGCUCCUUCGAGCUGCCGCCCGGCGCCCUGGACGGCCUGCUGCGGGCGCAGGAGGCAGAUGCGGGCCCGGCGCCCUGGGCCGCGGGCUCCGCCGCCGCCUGCGAGCUGGUGCUCACCACCAUGCACCGCUCGCUCAUCGGCGUGGAUAAGUUCCUGGGCCAGGCCACCGUGGCGCUGGACGAGGUCUUCCGCGCAGGCCGCGCCCAGCACACGCAGUGGUAUAAGCUGCACUCCAAGGCAGGCAGGAAGGAGAAGGAACGCGGAGAGAUCCAGGUCACCAUCCAGUUCACGCGCAACAACUUGAGUGCCAGCAUGUUCGACCUGUCCAUGAAGGACAAGCCACGGUCGCCCUUCAGCAAGAUCAAGGACAAGAUGAAAGGCAAGAAGAAGUUUGAGCUGGAAUCCGCCUCUGCCAUCCUCCCGAGCAGCGCCCUAGAGGAUCCUGAGCUGGGCAGCCUGGGCAAGAUGGGCAAAGCCAAAGGCUUCUUCCUCCGAAACAAGCUACGCAAGUCGUCCCUGACGCAGUCCAACACCUCGCUGGGCUCCGACAGCACCCUGUCCUCGGCCAGCGGGAGCCUGGCCUACCAGGGGCCCGGCGCCGAGCUCCUCACGCGCUCGCCGAGCCGCAGCAGCUGGCUGUCCACCGAAGGGGGCAGGGAUUCUGCCCAGUCCCCCAAGUUGCUCUCCCACAAGAGGACCUACAGCGACGAGGCCAGCCAGGUGCGAGCGGCUCCUCCCCGGGCCCUCCUCGACCUUCAGGGCCACCUCGAUGCUGCCUCCCGCUCUUCACUCUGUGUCAACGGGAGCCACAUUUACAAUGAGGAGCCCCAGGGCCUGGUGCGGCACCGCAGCUCCAUCUCGGGUCCAUUUCCACCCUCUAGCUCCCUGCACAGCGGCUCUUCCCGGCCCUCCGAGGAGGGGCCUCGCUCCACAGAUGACUCCUGGGGCAGAAGCAGCCACAGCAACAGCAGCUCAGAGGUGGGGCUUGGACAGGAGGAGCUGGGUGCUCAGGGCAAAGUGCUGGCCAUUGGGGCCAGCCGCCCUGGAGAGGCGGAGGGGGCCCAGCUUCUGGAGGGCAAGCCAGUCCAGGUCGCCACACCCAUGGUGGCCUCCUCUGAGGCAGUGUCGGAGAAGGAGGGAGCCCGGAAGGAGGAGCGGAAGCCCCGGAUAGGCCUCUUCCACCAUCACACCCAGGGGCUGAGUCGGAGUGAAUUGGGGCGCCGAAGCUCUCUGGGGGAGAAGGGAGCACCCACCCUGGGGGCCUCCCCCCACCACUCGUCCAGCGGGGAGGAAAAGGCCAAGAGUAGCUGGUUUGGCUUGAGAGAAUCCAAAGAGCCAACUCAGAAACCCAGCCUGGACGUGUCUCCUCAGGUAGAAUCUGACCCAGCUGCUCUUCCUCACCACCUCCCCUGCUCCCCCUGGGCUCCGGCCCCCCCCACUCCUGCUCCCACCGCUGCUCCCAUGCUAAGCACUAACCUUUUUGCAGCCGCCUCCCCCGCUGCUGCCACUGCUGCCACCGCCACCGCCGCCCCUGAAGCCACCCCAUCUGGAUUCUUGGGUCUCACCAACCCAUUCCUCACCUCCUUGCAGAGCAACCCCUUCUUCGAGGAGCUCGUAGCCGACAUAGCACUAAACUCUCCUUCACCUGCUCCCUCUCUCCCCAGUGCCUCGAGGGCCAGCCCCACCCCCCUGGCCUCCCCUGGGAAAGCCCUGCCUGAGUGGGACAACACCUUCAACGUCUUUGCUGCCAGCAGGCUGUGUCCACAGGCCAGGAGCGAGAUCCUGGCCCCUGCAGGAGUGGGGCUGGAGGCGGCUGGGCUGCAAGACCCAGGAGCCGGGGCCAUGACAGUGAAGGCAACUGAGCCCGAGGAAGCCCCUGGGGGAGGAGGAGGAAGAGGUGGGAGCAGCAUGUGGCUGGAGCCCAGGGUUCCUCUGGACUUGGGACUGGACCACCAGAGCACAAGCAUGGCUGACCUGGGACCACUCGGGUCGGUAGGGGCUGGCCUGCCCUCCACAUCAGCCCAACUGCACCCGAGAGCCUCGGCCUCAGAACCAGACAGGGAGCCGCCAGCCGCAGAAGGGGAAGCAGGGCAGAGUCCAGCAGAUGAUGGGACGUCUCUGUUUAGCUCCCCAGAAGUGAUCAGUGUGUGGGAGAGGCUGCCUGGCCCAGAUGGCAUCCCUGAAGGCCAGGACGAGGAGGCCUCCCGAGGUGAAAGGCAGCUCUUCCAUGAGCUCAAUACGGUCGACGAUUCCUGGCCCUGGGAUGUGGUCACCAUUUCUCCAGCAGCUGAGAUGGCCUCACCAGUCCUGCGGGGAGAGUCUGAUGAGCUGCCCCCUCCCAAGGUGCAGCCAGAAUCACCGGAAACUGUGAGCCCCAGGGGCAGUGAGGGGCCUGUCCCACUGGAGCCAGAGCCAGAGCCUAAGCCCGAGUGGGCAUCUGACAAAGGGCUGCAGCCCAGCACACCACCUCCCAAGCCACCACGUCUCUUCACACCCUCAAGUUCCCAGGAAGAGGAGGAAGAGAAAGAUGAGAAGGCCGCAGGGGGGCUGAGUAACAGGGGAGAGGGGACAGGAGAAGAUGCCUCCCCAAGUGCACUGGUGGUUGGUCCCCAGGAGACAAAGGAGGAGGGAGAGAAGCCCGAUUCGGAGGAGUCUGACAGCCGUUCUUCUGUGACCCUGCUGGGUGAGCCAGGCCUGGACGAUCUAGUGGAGGAUGCCAGCCUCCCUGAGCCUGGGCCUGCCCUGUCUGUGCCCACCAGCUGCCCUGAGGGUCCUGCUCCCACACCCGGUUACUCAGAGAGCUUGGCUCUUCAGAGUCAGCAGAUGUGGGGGGCUCCAGAGAAAGGAGAAGGCCCUGAGGCUCCUGAGGCCCAGAGCCAGGGACCAGUAGGAGAGAGGCUUGGGCCCCUGUCAGCCACCUCCCAGCAGGCUGACGUGUGGGCUUCCAGGGAGGAUGCCUCGAGCCCCUUCUUGUCUCAGGAGAGCCGAGAUCCCCCUAGCCUCCCAUCCACAUCCCCACCAGGCUCCAGGGAAUCUUCCAUCCACUCUGAGCUAGAAGAGCUGCCCACACCUCCAGAGCCUGCCUUUCCACCACCCCCUCUCCCACCCUGGGCCAGCCACCACCAUGGGGGGCCUAGCCCUCCGUGCUCUCCCCUGCCUAGAGCCUGGCCCCUGACCUCUUCCUCCCUACCUCUGGGGGAGCCAGCCUUGCCCCCUGGGCCCUUUGAGCCCUCCCCACCUGGGGGCUCCCCUGCCCCACUGAGGGAGGACCGUGCCGCAGCCACCCCAGCCUCCCCGCUUGUGCUUCUGCCCUUGGAGACACGACCAGCUGAGGAGCCACAGCCCAGUGCCAGUCCCCACCCCGUGAAGCCCCUCAGUGCAGCCCCUGUGGAGUACAGUGCUGACAGGAAGCAGACCCGCUCCAGCCUGAGCACAGCCCUGAGCAGUGGGCUGGAGAAGCUCAAAACAGUCACAUCCGGCAGCGUUCAGCCUGUGGCUCUGGCCCCCCAGGUUGGCCAGACCGUGGACACCAAGAGGCUGAAGAACUCGGCUGUGCUGGACCAGUCGGCCAAGUACUACCACUUGACCCACGACGAGCUCAUCGGCCUGCUCCUGCAGCGCGAGCGGGAGCUGAGCCAGCGGGACGAGCAUGUGCAGGAGCUGGAAAGCUACAUCGACCGGCUGCUGGUGCGGAUCAUGGAGACCUCGCCCACACUGCUGCAGAUCCCCCCCACCUCCCCCAAAUAGCCCUCCUCACCCCCACCCCCAGGAGGGUUGGCAUGGACCUGCCACCUGCCCGCCUGCCCUCCCGCUGAACUCACUGUCACCUGGGCAGGGUGCAGUCUGCCCUCCUUGUCACUCCCUGUUCCUCUCUCCCUCUUGCCUCUACUGGGGCUGCUGGAAGGGGGCCCUUUGGAUUCCCUUUGGAGGCGUCAGGUUCCAUGUGCAACUUGUAUCUUUGGGAGCCCUGGGUCUUUCCCACCUGCCUGUUUUCAUACCCCUUAGCUUUGGGGAGGGGGCUGUGCAGGGAAAUGAAACAAGGCAUCUAGCCCUCCAGAUGGAGCCAGGGGUGAGAUGCAGUUUGAUGUGGCAUCUGGGUAAGACUGGUUGCUAGCACAUACUUUAUAAUCCCCCAAGGAUGGUCAGCCAUUUCUUCCCACGGCCCAACCCUCAUCCUGUUCAUUUCCCUCCAGCCCCUGGAGGGGCUUCUAGUAUUACUGGGACAGGGACCAAGCUGCCCGUUUGUCUGUGAGUUAUGGGCAGCCAGGGCGCCUACUCUUCAGCCUCAUGUGCAUUCCCCUGAGAGAAAGUCUCCUGUGUGAUCUGGUCUCAGCCAUGUCCCAAGUCUGUUUCCGUCUCAAGCUGUUUGUGGAGCGGGACCAGUGUGGACAGAGGUGGACGAUGUGUGUUCUCCAGGCUGCUCCCUGCCCCCCUGUUUGACCUUUCCCUUGAGUGUCACGUGUGAAUGUGUGGAGGGUGGGGGCGGGUGGGGGGAUGGCUCCUCCAUGCUCUUCACCUCCGACGUGUAGGCCCCUCUAGGUCGGGGCUUUGGGCUGCAUAUGUGUUUGGGGUCAAGCCUCCAUGUCUGCUCUUGUUGCCUGUCCAGAUGCCAAAACUCUGUUGCCACAGGGUUUGAACUUUGGAAACCAAUUAAAAUGUGCCUUUUGUGGGUGGGGUCAAGAGCCUCUGGUUGUUGACCUCUCCCCCUGUGUGGCGACCCCCUCCCAUCUGUUGAGCACAUAGGGGUGGCUCUGUCAGGGCCCUGGGAAUGGGGGGUAUGGGGGCAGCCCUGCUGUGUGCUCUUCCCCUCCCCUAGAGUCCAUCUUAGUUAAGGGUCUGGCCAAGCUGCUGCUGUUCCUUCAACCUUCCUGCUAUCUUCCCCUCCUCCCUUAACCCCAAUAGGAGGAUCCUAGGAUAAAACCUACUGUUGGGCAGGUGGGCAGGGAGGCCUGGGGCUGCCCUGCUCACUCUCAUUCCGUCUAGCCUUAGGACUCAGCUGUGUAGGCCAGUCAGCUGGUCUGGAAGUGAAAGGUCCCACUAUGCCUUUGGGAGACACCUGUACUUAGGAAAAAGCCUUUGUUGCCUUCCCAUCCAUCCACUAAGCUGCUGUCCCAGCCUGUCCCUUCCGCCCCAUAGCCUUGCCUGGCUUGGCUGCAGUGCACUUUGAAAUGAAGUUGUCUGUCCUUUGGCCCAGCUCCUAGUUUGCUUGUCGAAAACACAGCAGGCUUCCCCAAGGCAUCUGCAGGGAACCUUUGGUGGUGUGGAUUCGCAAAAGUUGGGGGAGUGAGGAGGUGCUGAAGGAGAAUACUUUUGGCUUAGUGAGGAGGCAGGAGCUCCUCUGGGACCAACUCUUCCUUGUAAGAGGGCCUGUGGGCUCACUUGGAAGGCCUCAGGAGAUGUGCUCUAUGGGUGAUGUCUGUCUUCUGCCAGGAGGGAACAGAGGAGCCCCACACAUGGAGUAAAGCCUCUAUAAAGUUACCUACCUUCAGGUCCACUCACCAAGGUGGAGAAAAGUAUCCACAAAGACCCAGGACUUCAGUCAUGGUUUUUAGGGGUCACUGGAUGUUUCUCUUCUGCAGUAUCUCUUCUGAGAGGGAAUCACUUCCCUACUAGUUAUUCCUCUGGGCCUUAUUCAGUCCCAGCCCUGGCCCUGAUCAGGUUCAUCUUUGAUUAUGGGUGCCCCAAGUACCCAGGGCAGGGAUGUCUUCGGGAGAGUUUUUGAAUUGAAGCCCAACAUUCUUGUUUGAUGUUUCCACUCCUGGCCACAACUUGGAGGAAGGCUGCAGGUGGGGUGAGGCAGGGAGCAGGCACAGUUCUGCUUUGCUGUUUGUCCUCCUAGUUGUAACUCCUGUUUAUAAAGAGCUUAUUCUUCAUGUUCUGAGCACUUUAUGAAGAAUAAAAAGUCCACGUGCUGCA